AUGGCUACGUGUGAAGGGUUCCUGUCCUAUCUCAGAAAAUGGACCCGGCUUGGCGCUAACGUUAAGCAGAACAUCACCACGUUUCUCAAUCAACCUGUAAAUAUGGACGCUACUACAAUGAAAUUUAUCCCUAAGAAUGUAUUCACUAUGUUAGAGCCUAAUUUCACCGCAGAGAUGUAUCCUACGAUGGCAGCGGACGUGAAAAAAGUUCUGUGUAAAAAUCUGAACACACAAGACUGUGUGAUAAGGAGAACGAUACUGGAUGAUAUUCAAUGUCAGUCAAUCCUGAUGACCACUGGAGAAGCCCCUUCCGAGGAAGACAUUGACUCCUUUCUUGAUAUAAAGGACUUUGCUAAUUGGAACAGAGACACUUGGACCAUCGCAUUCAACUAUACCAUCAAGAAGCUGAGAAGGAGACACUUUGAAGUUAUACCAAUCGAUGUUGUUAUUGACAACAUGAGGAUGUUGAGCAAAUCAUGCGGAAAUUUUUCAAGACAAACUAUCAAUAUCAUUACAAGACGUAUAUUAAACAACGUAGAAAGCAUGUCAAGCAUUCCCGCUUCAAUGAAUGAUGAAUUGAUGGAUCUCCUACAGCAAUGCGGAGCUGACCCAAGACAAUUUAAGUCAAUUUACGACGAUUCUACGAUCCUGUCGACGAUGGAUGUUAGCAAGACAUCUGCCCGUAAUGCUAUGAAAUUUAUUGAAGACAUCCCUACGUUUGAUCCUUCCAAAUUGACAAGUGACCAGAUUCCUAGAUUGGUAAAUGCGAUGAACAGACGACAAUUAAAUAGACUCAAUACUACGGAGAUGGAACACUCGCUGUGUAAUUUGUGUCAGACGUUCGGCAGUUUAGAGAAGGGAAAGAAAAAGGUGGUGACGAAAGUGUUUCGAAGAAAGCUUCCAGUUCUCACCAACCCUGAGAGCAUGAAUACUACAACAGCUGAAUGUAUGAAAUGCAUGAUACCAUAUCUUCCCGCGUCUGAAUUCAAACAUAUUCCUGCUUCAGUAAUGGAGGAAAUGGUGUCUGGCAAUGUGUUACAACAAAUGGAUAUUACAAACAGACAACAGGCUCGGGCAGUGAUGUCAUUGACAAGAUCAAUGUACAACAGAACAGAUGGACGAUAUACUAGUGCAAACCUAAGGCAGAUGGGACCACGCGUAUGUUUGAAAGCCUUGAACGCCACAGACUUUGAAGCCAUUCCCGAAGCUUCAUAUGACGAGGAUUUCUUUAACUCAUUGGACGAGAGUCUACGGCAAGACGAAAGUGUAGGAACAAAGGCAGUUAUGAUUAAACUGAAAAGGAAGUUCAAGAGCCAGCUUGGAAUGAAAAAGCUUCUGCAGUCAAAAUUUGCACAUGUAAUAUCCCCCUCCGACAUUGAGAGUAUGCCUUCGUCUGAUAUUCUGGACGUCAUCAGUAGUGAAAGUGCCCUUGAAGUAUCUGCUAAACAGUCUAGAAACCUUAUGAAAAGAAUCAAAGAAGAACGCACAUCAAGCGAAUUCGACCUACAGACCAUACAAAAUCUUGGUCCAGUAACCUGCGGGUUCACCAUAUCUGAUAUCGAGAACUUCCCACAGGACAGCUCCUUCGUUGAUAUACUUAAUGCGAUCGCAAACAACGAGUGCCCUGGACAGAUCAGAGAACUACACAGGCUGAGAAAAGCAUUUAUGGGGUUUGAUAGCAUUCCGGCAACAACGUUAAAGGCGGACACCACAAGUGCCAGUAUCAGUGCUAUAUCGCCACAAUUACUUCUCAUGCACAGUAAGGACGAAUUAAGCAAGUAUGGAACUCAUGUGUGCACCGAUGUCGUGGGGUCUUUUCAAUCGGUUGAUUAUACAAAACUACUGACAAAGGCAGAGCUUCAAGAUAAAUGGAAAUAUUUUCUCGCAUGUCAGGGAAAACAAACAACUGGCAUAAUAUCCGAGGAUGAAUUGAAUAUGGCUGGCAAUCUGUUGUGCGGAAUUAACGAAGAGGGUAUCAGUCGGAUAAACGGCACAGCGAUUGAGGCGACCAUUAAAAUGAUGGAUGAGUGCACAACACUGGGCAAGGCUGAACGUUAUGCAGCCUUAUCCCUUUAUACAUCAGUCAAACAAAUCAAUAAUGGAAUGCAGAUCAAAGCAACAACGCUACGAGAUUUAGGAACGUUGGCGUCCCAUCUUCCCAAAGACGUUCUGGACACUAUUCCAUAUGAAAUCCUGGCCGAGAGUGCGCCUUCCUCUAUGGAAACAAUUAAAGAAAAGAAGAAUUCACUUGAUGUCAGAAGCAAGGCGGGAUUCAAAAACGAUAGAAGUGCAGAUGAACAAGAAACGGAUAAAAAGCUGGAAAGAUACUUCGAGGAGAAAUGCGCAACUGCCUUUGAGAUGACGGCUGACACCAACUCCCGUAGAAAAAGGAGGUCAACAGCCUCACUUACAUGUACGGACAUGCAAUUGCUUGGUACUACUGGACUGUCAGCACUGACUAUUACUCAGAUCUCAAACCUUGAUGACCAGGAGUUUAUUGAUUGUACAGAGACCUUAGGUUCGGUCACAGACUACACCACAGCACAAAAAGACGCUCUCCUUGCAGUUGCUACCAGAGGAACGGUUUGGGGUGAUCCGUCCAGCUGGUUACCCACAGAUAUAUACGCCGCAGGUGUAGUAUGCCAGGCUAUGACCCCAGAACAGAUUACUACCCUGAACCUGGACUUAGACACUGUCAGUCGUCUCGGACAGUUUGACGGCUGGGACACUUUAAAGAAAAAGGCAGUAUUUGACCGGUGGUUAAGUUUGCAUAAGUCCGCAGACAGUAGCACGAUCACGUCCAGCGAGCUGAGAUCACUAGGACACAUCAUAUGUGGUGCCGACACCAGUCAAAUCAACAAUAUACCGGUCUCUAUUUACCAAGGUGCUGUAGAUUCCAUUGGGGAGCUGACGAGUUGUGAGAAGAGUCAACUCCAGGCGUUUGUCAUCCUGGCUAAAACUGCUUACGGAAGUGACGUCACGGCAUGGGAUUCAACAGUGAUCACCAACAUCGGAACAAGCAUUGGUGGGUUGAGUACAGGUGAGAUCGGCAGACUGACAGCGCUCCAGAUCGACGCAAUAGAUCCCAAUCACGUGACUUACAUCUCGGACACUAUCUUCUCGGGUUUCACUGUGAGCCAAAUCAACACAUUCAGUCCUGCGCAGGCUCAGUCCACCACAAGCACGCAAAGGUCAAAACUGACGUCAUCCCAACUGAAUGCUUUGUCCACAGUGGCAUCCAUUAACUGGAGCGCUUCAGACUCCGGGGUUGCAAUGGUAACCACCACCUGGCCAGUGACGUUUACUUUCCUGUCCAUGUAUUACCUCCACUGA